GGGUGGUUAGCGCUAGUGUUUGUGGUUUGGUUUGGCACCUUUCUAUUGAACAUUGAACUAUUAAACUUCUCAAACAAAUAAAAUACUGAAAAUAAUGAUAUUUUAAGAUAAAUAAUGUCGCGCUGCGAAGCCCAGCUAAGGGCGCAGCCUCGGCUCGAUCUCAAAUGGCUCAAAACGAACAUAGAAAGUCUCUUUUACAGCAACGAAAAUUUGGUGAAUGUCUGGAACAGUUUGAUAUCCGAUGGAGAACUUACGGGAAAUUUCUCACCGGGGCUUCUCAACAGUGCCGGUGUUAUGGCAAAGGAAGGAGACUUUGGAAAAUAUUAUUGCGGACAACGGGUUUUAACAUGCACCUGCUGCGAUGGCAUCUGCGGUCCACAAUCCGGUUGCAACUGCUCGCCAUGCCAGAAACUGGAUGCCGAAAAAGCUACCCAGCCUAUUAUUAGAAAAGAUAAAAUUCCACUUAUGGACACCUUGCUGAAUCAAUGGGCUUGGGGACCUCAACCAUCUCAAGAACAAUUAAAACUCUGCAUCCAAAGUUUAAACAACGAACAAUCAUCUUUAUGUUCGGAAGCAGCUCAUUCCACUCUAUCAUCAACCCGUUUAUAUUAUAAGUUAAUGAUUAUGAAUCGGUAUUUUAUCGCCUUGAACCGUGUACCUCACAGCAUCGAUUUUGAACAAGGUAUCACUCCAAACACAAGAGUUGCAACUGAAAUUACUAAAAAUAAGUCUAGUACAGCUAAAGAUCUAAUGACCAAAGGCAAAAAGAUAUCUCAUUUAGAUCCAGCAAUAGGAUUAGCAAGAGUUGGCUCCCGGGCUGCCCUAAAUUUAUCUUUUGCUUUUUUAAGACGUGCAUGGCGAUUAGGUGAAGACAUCGACAUUUGUAGUGAUCUUUUGGAAGAAUCUCUAGAUGCUUUAAGAAUGCUUUCUCCCUGUACUUUAUAUAAUCAGGCUGAUAUUUCACCUGUUUGGUUAGAGGUUGUUGAAAAAUCAUCUAAAUUUUUUAAACAAGUUGUUGAAGGGGAAACAAGCAGGCAAAAUUGUAAUAUUCCAAGAGAAGAUCAGCAUAGAUCCUUGAAUAUUCUUUUGGAAUUUGCUUUGCAAAGAGGCACUUUGAGUGGAGUCUUGGAUAUGGUUUUGCUGAUGUUAAGCUUAUGGGAUAAAAGGAUUCAUUUAGUUGAUAAUAGAGAAUCUGUUGAAAACGCCAGUGCUCCACUCUUGCCAUUUCUUAGUCGUUUUCUUGAAAUAUCGCCAACCCCUUCACACCUAGGCUCGUUCCACAAUAAAAUAGAAGAAGAAACAAAUAGCUGUACAAAAGUUUUUUUGGAUUUGCUUGACUUACCCGACUUGGAAUACGAGGAAGUGGAUCUUAAGCAGACUGCCGUUUUUGUCAUGUCACGUUUGGAUCAACUGGCAGCACCUCACAUGCCGCCAGUAUCUUUCAACAAAUCUUUGUCAAGUUUGAAUGCUCAAAGACUUUGGGGCUGGGGUUGGUUGAGUUGGGCUUCGAAUCCAGGACCACAACUUUGUGAAUCUCUAGCUGAAUUGAGCAUCAAACAAAUCAAAUGUUCCGAAAGAGGUGUGCUAUUGCUGACUUGUACUGGUGCAGUUUAUUUUGUGUAUUACACAUCAGAGACUCAAUGUCCACAGCAAGUGGAACUUUUAAAAGACAAGGAAAUUGUAAUGAUUGCUACUCAUGUUGAAGGAAAACAUUAUAUGGCUCUGGAUAGUAAUAAUUUUGUUUAUUCUUGGGGAAACGGGGACAAUGGCCGAUUAGGCCAUGGAGAUACUUUAGCCAAAGACGAACCUACAGAUAUAGUAGCGUUACACGGGAAAAAUAUAGUUUCAAUAGAAUGUGGAGCAACUUACAGUGCCGCUAUAUCAUCUAACGGUUUCCUCUACACAUGGGGGCGUGGCAACUAUGGACGUCUAGGUCACGGCAGCUUUGAAGACGUGCUAACACCCGACUUUGUAGUUACAUUAGCGAGUCACCAAGUUGUGGGUGUGGCUUGUGGAUCAGGCGACGCACAUACACUUUGUGUUACUUCUAAGGGACGCGUGUUCAGUUGGGGCGAUGGAGACUAUGGAAAAUUAGGUAGAGGCGGAGCCGAAGGCAGUAAAAUACCGAGAAUAAUUGAGAAAUUGCAAGAGGUGGAAAUUACUAAAGUCUGGUGUGGAACCCAUUUCAGUGUUGCUUUAUCGAAGGAAGGGAAAGUCUAUUCUUGGGGAAAGGGAGAAGGUUGGAAGCUUGGACACCCAUCAGAAGAACAUGUCCGGACUCCCGAAUUAGUAGAAGCAUUACAGGAUAAGAAAAUUGUUUCUGUUGCAAUAGGAACCUCACAUUGUUUAGCUCUGACAGAGGACGGAGAAGUUUUAGGCUGGGGAAAAAAUGAAAAUAGACAGAUUGCUGAUACUAACGAAGCUGUUAUUCAGCAACCGAAAGUUAUUGAAUCUUUAAAAGAGCAUAGAGUGGUUGGUAUAACUUGUGGUCCCAUUCAAAGCUUCGCUUGGACAGAUUUGUAUAGUUUUAUUCCAGCCACAGCUAUACCAAUGGUUUUAGAUUUGUCAGAGAACACUUUCAAAUAUCUAGAUCAGCUAUUGACAGUUGUAACUCUAAGCCCUCCAUCAACGCAGGACAAAGAAUGUAUUGCAGUAUCAACAUUGAAUCUUUUACAGCUGCAACUUCACAGUAUAAUCGGUAAUAAUAUGGAUCCGAAAAGUUUUGGCCUGGCUCCAACAGGAAAGCUACUGGCAUCCAUUAAAUCCAAAGUAGUUCAUCUAGCUAGCAGUUCUAAUAUUUUGCCUAGUGUCCAAGCUUCGGCGCAAGCAGUGCUUCAAGCUGGCUGGUCCGUUUUGCUACCGACGCCUAAUGGAAGAGCCAGAACUUUAUCAGCUCUAUUGCUAAAUACAGAUAUGGAAACGAAAAUGUGUAAAACUGGCCAUAGGUUUAUGACAGAUUUGUUGGUAUGGUCUCUGAUGGCUGAUGGUGGUCUAGAAACUGCUUUGGACGAGUUUCUAAAAGCUGAUAUUUCUGAAAUGCCCAAUUUGGAUGAAAAUUAUGAUAUUGGGUCUUCUCCUUUUAGUAUACCUCUACUAUAUUUGGUCAGGCAACUAAUCAGGAAUAGCUGCAAUCUGACUCAAACAUCAAUGAAAGAAUAUUGUUCCACAGGCAAAAACCUUCAUCAAAAACAUUCCGCUUCUCCAAGCCUGAAACUUCUACAAAGAUUGCAAAGAUUAUUGAUAGGAAAAAUUCUACAAAAUUCUGAAUGUCGAGAAUCAGCUGAAACGCUCUUGUCAAAGUAUAUCGAGUGCUUCAGCACUCACAUGACCACAACCCUGAAUAUUGCCUAUGAUAUUUGCAUUAUUAAUUCUAAGAAUUUCAACUAUGUGAUGCAAGUUUUCAAGAGCGACAUCAUCGGAGUGUUAUUGCCAGAGCUUCUAGUGAGCCUCAUCCUACUAGAACAAGAACUAGACAUGUUCCUAAUAUCCCUCGAUUGGCUAGCAACUUUCAAAGAAACCCUCAACUGCUUAGAUAAGCUGUGUAACGUAUCACCGGAUAUAGAAAAUCUUGAUUUUGACGACAUUAGUUGGCCUGGUGUAUCACAAGCAAAACCUCCAAUUACUACACACAAACCACACGAUGAUCUUCCUCUUAUUAGGAAAUCCGAUUUGGAAAAUUACAAUUCAGACGGAGGAAGAUGGUUAGUUUUAAACAACAAAGUCUACGAUAUACAAGAUUUCCGCAGCGACAACUCUGCAAUCACAGAAAUCCUACAAAAAUAUACAGGAAAAGAUGUCAGUGCACUGAUUCACACUUCUUAUCCCCAUUUAUUGCCUCUAAUGGAAAAUUAUUUAGUUGGCAACUAUUGUCUUCCUGAAACAGAGGCCACUAACAUAGGAAAUCUAGAUUUCAUGCAUACAUGUUAUAUGUUAUUAGACUGCGAAAGAAAUUUGGGAUAUCUUUUAGGAUUACACGCUUUUAAUUUGCGUCAAAGCUUGCCAUUAAAAGAGGAAGAACUCCAAUCUAAGCACUGGAUUAAUGCACCAUUUUUAUCUGGUGGACUUCAAGUUGAUCAACCUCCCAAUCCUUAUGGAGAGGAAAAAGGAGAAUCUAGAAGCACUAAUUCUACAUCUGAUAAUACACCUACUGAGCCUAAUAGAGUUCAGUGUCAAAAAAUCCUCAGUAGAAACUUUCAUUUGCCUAUCGAUCGAAUAAAUUCUUUUAUCAAUGCUUUGGCAGAAAGUAGACUAUCAGAUCAAUAUGUAAUAGCCUUUCUAGCAAUUGUAGAACAACAUUCAAAAGCCAACAAUUACCUAAUGAGAGUGGAUUUUUCAUUUGAACACCCCAUGGAAGAAAUUGGAAGAGUCUUAUUUGCUGUAUUACUAAAACACUUAGGAUUAGGAUAUGUUUUAUUGCCAAUUUUAGAUACAUAUUCUUGCCAGCCAAACAGUUUAAGGGCAUUACCAAAGUCAAUAGCUGAAAUGAUUAGGCAGGUGCAUCAGACCAAAUGGAAUCUAAUAAAAACUAGACAAGAAGCGAAUAAAAGUUAUAAGGAAAUAUGCAUUCCACUUUUGGAAAAAUGCCGCUUCCUUUUAUACGAAGUUAAACCAGCUAUUAGUGUUGAAAUGGAAGCAUUCAAAAAAGUUAAUGUAUUAUACAAGGAACCAAGAGUCAGGACUUUAGUAAAAAAAGUUAUCAAAGAUUUGAAAUGCGGUCGACACACAUCAGACAUACAAAAGCCAGAAGAUAUUGUAAAUGCUACAAUACAAUCACAAAGUGUAGAAAGAAAGUCGCACGAGGAUUUAGUGAAGCAAUCUGUAAUGAAAAAGGCGCCCUCCGAAGGUAAAAUUGCUGAAAGCAAAAGCGAAACGGAUGAUAUGAAUAAUGAGAUCAAAAAUGGAGCACAAAAAAGUGACGCAAGAAACGUAUUGACCGAUUCUUUCACCUCAAAUGCUUCAAAAAAUCCAGUGGAAGAUAUAAAAGCUGAAUUAGAUGAGAAAUGGAGCGUUGAGAAACCAGAAAACGCCCUGCGAAUUGAACCGAAUCAAGAGGAAAAAGAAAAAAAACUGGAAUAUGAUGUCAUUUUGUCUGGCAUUGUUUCAAAACUAACUGAAAAACAAAUGAGCAAAGUUUGCAGUGAAAACUUACAUUUAAUGGCUUCAUUAUUGGAUUUUGUGACCCAAUCAAUAUGCGACGUUGAUGUCUUAAGGAAAGUAAUGUAUUUCCAGGUUAAACGUGCAAAAAUUCGUAAAACUGGUUUACACAUGAUCAAACAGCUCCUGGACGAAGCUGACCUACUCUCAUCAGUGAAAUAUUCCAUUAUAAACGGCUACUUGGGCCUGGAUAAAAAAGAAACCCAAAUACAACACUGCCUAGAAAAUAUACAAUUGGUAACGCCAUUUAUCAAAACUAAAAUGCUCUUGGCACAAUUGAGCAUCACCGAAUGGUGCAUACAAAAUUUGAGGGGUCAUAUUUUGAAGGACAUACCCUCUAAAUUAUCAAAAUUAAAAGGUAACUCCAAGGUCUCGUUAAAUCUUGGAACUUAUACGUUACUCAGGGACAUACCUAGAGCAAGGAUGCUUUUGGCUCUACUAGGCAUUUUAGCAUCAAAUUAUUAUAAUGCUUUGGAAUUGAAUCCAUUGAUAAACAGUGGAGUAAUAUCUUCAGUCCUAGCACUACUAAAACAAUCAGGCUGCGACCAAACAAUUGUAAGAAAAGUAUCAGACUUCUACGUUCUCUAUGCGGAUGCAGUUGACGUUAACAGACCAUGCUUGAGGUCUCUCUCAGGGCCCGAGUUGGCCCGCCUAAUGAAAAUCGGCACUAAAGUAAUCCGGGGCGCUGAUUGGAAAUGGGGAGAUCAGGACGGUAAUCCUCCUGCCGAGGGUCGAAUUAUUGGUGAACUGGGAGACGACGGUUGGAUUCGAGUAGAAUGGAGUAAUGGGACUACCAACAGUUAUAGGAUGGGUGUUGAGGGAAAGUAUGAUCUCACUUUGACAUCUCCACCGUCGCCUGUUUCUUCAGAAAGUGAAACUGCGGACGAAUCUUGUGAGAGAAGUUCACAAAUAGUAAGAGACAAUCAGCUAAUCAAACUACUACGCGACGCUAGCAUUAACUUUAUGCGCAAUUUAACCAUCAGCGCAGGUCUUUCGUGCAAUAAUUUACAUUCCACCUCGUUUCACGGCUUGAGCAGUUUAUUUUGCUCGGUGUUGAACUCAAAUAAUUCCGAAUGGUGCACUUUGACAUUGAUCCGGACAAUUUGCCACACCCAACAACUUUGCAGGGCCUUCAGUACGAAGCCCUGGAUGAAUAUGCUGCUCGGGUUCCUGACUCCGCCUAGUAUCGCUGGUGGAAAUGAAUUUAAUUUACCCAAACAGAUUCUUACAAUAAGACUAUUACACACAGUAUUGCAGUCAUGGGACUUGGACAGUUCAGAAAUUCCAUCUGUCUUGGACAAACUUUUGAAUAUUUUAGGUAAUAUCAUCAUUACUUGCUCAUACGAUACCGGAAAUAAACCAUUAUCGAGCAACAAAUCUCUUGUAUUGCUAACUCAAAGUCACAGCAGCACUUUAGCGCAAGAAAUUAUCAAUCUUUUACGCAGUCUACAUGGAUUAGUCGGCUGGAAUCAAGUACUCAACGCUAUAUUGAACCAAAAAUUGAAUUUGGCUGGGUACUUUCUCAGCGACUUAUCAACACUCAACGAUGCAGUCAAUUCCGAUCAGCAACAUUUCAUGGUGGUUGCUUGCUUGAAUGUUAUCGGGGCAUGGGAUGUACGGCCCAGAGUGGGGGCUCUUGCAGAAAUCGAUAACCUUUGUGGUACUAUUACUAGAGUCACUCCGAAAGGACGAUUGUGUUUGCAGUUACAUGGGAGCAGUGAUGUCCGGAAGGUAUCCAUAAAAGAUUUGAAAAUGCUCCCCUCCAGAGAAUUUAGCUUUGAAAAAAUGCCCAUGAAUGAGGGUUCCAUCAAAACCUGGGCGAAUCUGGUUCUGAUCCGACACAGUUCCUUAAAUGCACACGACAGAAAAUCAUACUACGGCCAAGUAAACUUAGCGUAUCUAAGAACACAGCAAAACAUAUUGAGUGCCUUGAAUGCAACUAGAGUUCUGCACGGAAACCAGUACAGAUUACGAAAAGUUCUUAAAUAUCCAGUCAACGGCAUGGAUCAAUCGCAAGAGCAACAAUCCAUUGAGGAAGAAUUAAAUCAAACUCCCGUUCUUCUGAUACAGAAAAUUUUAGCUAAAGCAACACAACCCAGCCCAUUGAAGCCCGGUUUCAGUUUACAAGAAAUGCAGUUGGCCGCCUUGAAUUUGAGCCAGUAUCUAGCCGCUGAAGGUAACUUUGAAAUUCCUUCUUCUGGAAUUAAUAACGAUAAACCAACUGGAAGUAAUACAACCAUUAGACCAGGUCCAUCAAGUGAUUUGGCUACAUCAAACAGUGAAUGCUCUAUCAAAAGUAUGGUCAGUGAAAAAACAAGCAAACGAAUGGAAUUAGACGAAGACGUUCCUGCGCAUCCUAUGGUACAUAAAAUAGUUGAAAUGGGUUUUACUAAGAAAGCUGUUGAGUAUGCCAUAAAAUCAUUGGCAAUAAGUCCAGAAACCUUGAUGAGUCCUGAAUCUAUUGUGGGCUGGCUCUUGGAGCACCCUGAAGUGGCAGCUGAAGACACUGAGUCCAUGAGUUCAGUGUACGAAUCAGAUACUGAAUCUGUCUCUUAUGAUAAUGCAACUGGGCUUGCUGUAGCUGGAUUUACUGAUGAAAAUCAAGAAUCUAGUGGUGCCCAAUACUGCAGGCGUUCACAGUUUUUGUCAAAUGAUGAGUAUGCAAUGUACGUCCGUGACAAUGUUGAAGUAGGAAUGUUGGUGCGCUGUUGCAAGAACUACGAGGAAGUGCAACUGGGUGAUAUUGGAAAAGUGGUUAAAAUUGACAGAGAAGGAUUGCACGAUUUGAAUUUACAGGUCAAUUGGCAACACAAAAUUUGCACCUACUGGGUUCGUUUCAUCCACGUGGAGCUUCUAGGGUUCCCUCCAUCGAUGCCGACGCCAGCCACCAUUAAAGUAGGCGAUAAAGUACGAGUCAAACCUACUGUCACAACGCCUCGAUAUAAGUGGGGCUAUGUAACUCACGAUAGCGUUGGUAUAGUGAUUGCUAUUUCACCUAAUGGCCACGACGUGACUGUGGAUUUCCCCAAACAGCAAAACUGGACUGGACUAUUGUCCGAAAUGGAAGUGGUUCCUUCUUGUCAUGAGGGCGUUUCUUGUAAUAGUUGUUGUGUUCAACCAAUCAGAGGUCCCAGAUUUAAAUGCAAAAUUUGUGAUGGAUAUGAUUUGUGCGAUAAUUGUUUUUACACAAAAAAGAACCACCGGCAUAGUUUUGUACGCAUACACGAGCCUGGGAGUGCAGAGGUACAUGCGGGCAAAGCUGGAAGGUACUACCGACAAGACACUGUAGAAAUGGAAGGCGAAAUAAUUACUGAAUGGGGCCGCUUAGUCAAAAACGUUUCUGUAUCCUCAAAAUACUGUGCCAGAUUUGAUUUGCCCGGUUCUGUGUGGCAAAGUAAUGGCUCUCAAGGGAAACACUGGAUCCGAUUGGAAAUGUUUCCCAAUGUUAUUAUUAAGAGUCUUAAAGUAGGAGUAGACCCAAAUGAUAAUAGCUAUAUGCCUUCUGUAAUCGUUGUUAAUGGUGGAAAUAGUAUGAAUGCCCUUUACGAACUUAACUCUGUUUCUGUUAAAAGCCAUGAAACUUCUAUCCUUUUAUUAUCCAACAUAGAUAAGUACUAUCCUAUUAUUGAAAUAAGUAUAACCAAGUGCAGGAAUAACGGAAUAGACUGCAAAAUCCAUGGUAUAAGCAUGGUUGGCAUUAAGCGACAUUCUUGUGGGGACUUUAGGACAUCUGUGUCGUUUUUGGCCAACGAUUGGGAUUUGAAUCAGGAAACUUUACCUGGACCAACGGUUGCCACAAUUUCUCAUGAUGACUUUGCGACUCCCAAUAAUACUGUAGGCUGUAGAGUUUUUGUUUGGGGCUUAAAUGACAAAGACCAACUAGGAGGCAUGAAAGGUUCAAAAGUAAAAUUACCAGUUUCAACAGAGUUGCUUUGCCAAUUAAGGCCACUCCACAUUGCAGGAGGUUCCAAAUCUCUUUUUGUAGUAUCGCAGGAAGGAAAACUCUAUGCUUGUGGGGAAGGUACCAACGGCCGCCUAGGCUUAGGGCAUAGUUUGAAUGUACCCCAUCCCCGUCCUGUACCUUUCUUGAGCCAAUACGUCAUCAAAAAAGUGGCUGUACACUCAGGCGGAAAACAUGCCAUGGCUUUGACUUUGGAUGGAAAAGUGUUUUCUUGGGGAGAGGGCGAAGAUGGAAAACUAGGUCACGGCAAUAGGUUGAACUUGGACAAACCCAAACUCAUAGAAGUGUUGAAAAGCAAAAAAAUCAGGGACAUAGCAUGUGGCAGUUCACAUUCUGCGGCCAUAACCAGUAGCGGAGAGUUAUAUACUUGGGGUUUGGGUGAAUAUGGCAGGCUGGGACACGGCGAUAAUGUAACGCAACUGAAACCAAAAUUGGUAAAAACAUUGGCCGGACAUAGAAUUAUCCAGGUAGCUUGUGGUAGCAGAGAUGCGCAAACGUUAGCUCUUUCCGAUCAAGGAUUAGUAUUCAGUUGGGGAGAUGGCGAUUUCGGAAAAUUAGGCCGUGGCGGAUCUGAAGGUUGUAACGUGCCACACAAUAUUGAAAGACUGAAUCAUUUAAACGUAGUGCAAAUAGAAUGUGGGGCCCAAUUUUCCUUGGCCUUAACCAAAUCCGGAAACAUUUGGACUUGGGGUAAGGGGGAUUACUUCCGAUUAGGUCACGGAACUGAUCAGCAUGUCAGGAAACCUACCUUGAUCGAGAGUUUAAGAGAUAGGAAAAUUAUACAUGUGGCAGUGGGAGCUUUACAUUGUUUAGCUGUCACUGAUACAGGCCAGGUAUAUGCUUGGGGAGACAAUGACCAUGGACAACAAGGUAACGGAACCACUCUGGUGAAUAGAAAACCAGCAUUGGUUCAAGGCUUAGAAGAUGUUCAUGUCAAUAGAGUGGCUUGUGGAAGCUCACAUUCGAUUGCGUGGACUUUACAAGACACACAGACUGUUGCAAAGGUUGAACCUGUAAUAUUUUCAGUACCCAAAGAUUCAUUGGGUUCAUCAAUAUUGGGAUUGUAUGAUGGGGAAAAAGUCCAAUCAAAAUCCUCAAACAAAAACGCGCCGUCUCUAAGCAGCAUAGUAAUGUCGCUAGAAAGCAACACAGCCAAGCAACAAGCCUUACAACACAUUCUAAACGCUAUUCACAUCCAGCAACUGCGACAGGCGAUAGUCAAAGCCCUUUGCAGUCACACUAACGUCAAGAAUCAAUCCCUCAAACAGCCAGGAGGUACUUUGGAAACGGAUAAAGAUAGAUCUCAUGGCACUAUGGAAAGUGCUAAUUUAUUGGGUGGAGGCGAAGCUCCAGUGUCGAUUUCAGAAAUAGCUGACUUGGCAACAUCUCAAGCGAGUCCGGAACAAGACGAAAACCCAAUGUUGUUGCUUCAGUCUAUGACUGCUAGCAGUUGUUCGGCUAGUAUUUCUUCAAAGCAUAGUAAAAUGUCGGCUAGUGCUAUGAGUGUUAUGGCUGCCACUCUUACUAGUCAUGCAGAGGUUGUGGGCGAUAGUGGUUUGACUGGUUUGGACGAGUUCACUUCUCUCCUUUCCGAAAACGAUUCAAGACUGAUUGUUGAUCUCCUUAAAUUAGCUGUAGCUGAACGAAUCGAAGAUGAACAGGCCAAAGAGAUUUUAUCAACCAUACUCAUUACUAUGGGCUCAGCGAAUCCCGCAAUUGGAGCCAUGCUACUCGAACUAUGCGUUACUGAACUAGAAGACACUACCAACAGUACGCAGCCCUAUUCGUCCACGCCUCAUCCUGUAGUGCAAGAAUCGAAUCAUCCAUAUUUUGACGAUAUAAAAUUGAGUGGCCAUGUUCGAUUGCCUGGAGCUGAAGCUUUGAGAGUGGAAUUUGAUAGAAGAUGUUCCACGGAACGUCGCCAUGAUCCACUAACAAUAACCGAUGGCGCAGGUCGAGUGGUAGCCAUGCGCAGCGGCAGGGAAUAUACUGAUUGGUCUGCAGAACUUCGAGUACCUGGUGACGAAUUACAUUGGACAUUCAAAAGUGAUAGUUCUGUUAAUGGUUGGGGUUGGAGAUUUACUGUUUAUCCAGUUAUACCUAAUAAUGGAAUAAUGGAACUAGGUUCUGAUAGGGCCAUUUUAAGUCAACCAUCUAUGGAUAUGGUAAUGUGCCUUCUUGAUCCUCGGCUUUAUUCGUGUGCGGAUUUGGCAUUAAUGUCACGAUUAGCUGCCGCUUUAGCUGCCUGCUCGCAGCUGAGCUUCUUGUCAGCCAAUCAAAGAAUGUGGGCGUUGCAAAAAUUACACAAAUUAUUGACAGGAGCUAAACAUAAAUCAGCAGUGGAACAAUUGCAACAUUUCAAUUCGCCCGAUGGAUCUCUAAGUAAUUUAUUGGAGGAACUACCUCAAGCGCUUUUGAGGCAAUUUGAAUAUGAAGACAGCGCCGUUAGGGCUGGACUUCAUUUAAUGCAUGCCGAUUUCUUUAAGGUUCUUGUUGCUUUGGCUUGCGACUUGGAGUUGGAUAAGGUCGGAGAGGUUGCCGAUAAUCAUAAAUGGGUGUGGUUUAGACGUUAUUGUAACGCAGCCAGAGUUGCCAAAUCUUUGAUUCACCGUACGCCGUUGCCGUUAAACUUUUGUCUCGAAGUAAGGAAAAAAUUCACUGACACCACCGAGAGCGAAUCGGAGAGUUUGGAAAGUUUAUCUGUAACGGGCGAGUUUUGGGAGCAUGAAAACCAUCAGAUUUUUAAGAAAGAACAUGACGAACAACUACUGGUGUGGCUCAGUAGACGUCCCGAAGAUUGGACUCUGAGUUGGGGUGGUUCAGGUACUAUUUAUGGUUGGGGUCACAAUCACAGAGGUCAAUUAGGUGGCAUAGAAGGAGCUAAAGUUAAAUCUCCCACUCCCUGUGAAGCCUUAACUCAGCUAAGACCUAUGCAAUUAGUAGGAGGCGAACAAACUUUAUUCGCUGUCACUGCUGAUGGAAAAGUCUACGCUACUGGUUAUGGAGCAGGAGGUAGAUUGGGAAUAGGAGGCUUCGAUAGUGUUUUAGUGCCGACCCUUUUGGAGGCCAUUCAACAUGUUUUUAUUAAAAAGGUGGUCGUUAAUUCAGGUGGAAAACAUUGUGUAGCGCUUUCUGCUGACAACGAAGUUUACUCCUGGGGAGAGGGAGAAGAUGGGAAAUUGGGGCACGGAAAUAGGCUCUCAUGUGAAAAACCCAAACUUAUUGAAGCUUUACAAGGUUUUGAAGUGACGGAUAUCGCUAGCGGUGGAGCUCAUUCGGCGGCUAUAACUGCCUCCGGACACCUUUACACUUGGGGCAAGGGUAGGUACGGCCGAUUGGGCCAUGGCGACAGUGAGGAUCAACUGAAACCAAAAUUGGUAGAAGCCUUGGUUGGUUACAAAGUAGUCGCGGUGGCGUGUGGCUCUGGCGAUGCUCAGACUUUAUGCGUUACUGAUGAUGAUAAUGUUUGGUCUUGGGGUGAUGGUGAUUAUGGAAAAUUAGGAAGAGGAGGUUCUGAUGGUUGCAAACUACCAAUGAAAAUAGAAAGCCUAGCAGGCCUGGGAGUAAACAGAGUAGAAUGUGGCUCUCAAUUUUCCAUCGCCCUUACCCGUUCCGGUAGCGUUUAUACAUGGGGCAAAGGUGACUAUCAUCGCCUAGGCCAUGGUACUCCAGAGCACGUACGGAGACCGAAAAAAGUGUCGGCUCUGCAAGGAAAAAAGAUCAUCUCGAUAGCUUCCGGGUCUUUACAUUGCGUCGCUUGUUCUGACGAAGGUGAAGUGUUCACUUGGGGUGACAAUGAUGAGGGUCAACUUGGUGAUGGUACGACCAAUGGUGCUAUAAGGCCAAGGUCCAUUACUACGUUUGAAGGCAACAUUAAGAAGAUUACUAAUGUCGCUUGCGGUUCUGCUCACACUCUUGCCUGGUCAACGGAUAGUUCGGCUAGUGCUCGUUUGCCGGAGCAGGCGCCAUUGGAGUAUGAUUUAUUACAGGAUAUACCAACUUGGGUAUUACAUAGGCGCUUAGUGUUGUUGCACCAUUUCACUGAACUGAUUUGUCCAUGUAUUGCCAUGUUUCCUAUCACCGGUGAGGAUUCCUUGCACGAGUUGCGAAAUAUUCUAAUUUACUAUAUCAAAGAAGCUACAUUCAGGAAAGUGGUACAAGCGACUAUGGUAAGAGAUAAGCAUCACGGACCCGUUAUCGAAUUAAAUAGGUUACAAGUGAAAAAGUCUCGUUCAAGAGGUGGCUUGGCAGGGGUGGACGGAAUGAAGUCAGUUUUUGGACAAAUGGUUACCAAACUGCCACUGCUAACUUCUGAGGCCCUUGCUUUACCACACAGGGUUUGGAAAGUUGAAUUUGUGGGUGAAAGUGUUGAUGAUUGUGGAGGUGGCUACAGUGAAUCUAUAGCUGAAAUGUGCGACGAAUUACAAAAUGGAUCUUUACCAUUACUUAUUCCGACUCCAAAUGGACGAGAUGAAGCUGGAGCUAAUCGAGAUUGUUUUGUUGUAAAUCCCACAGCUAAGACUUGCUUGCAUCUCAAUAUGUUUAGAUUUUUGGGAGUUUUAAUGGGAAUAGCUAUAAGAACAGGUUCUCCUCUCAGCUUGAAUCUAGCUGAACCUGUUUGGAAACAGCUUGCUGGUAUGGAUUUGACUCCAGCAGAUUUAACUGAAAUCGACAGGGAUUAUGUACCAGGUCUUCUUUGCAUAAGAGAAUCAGGUCGAGACGAUUCCCUAUUCCAAAACUUGGAAAUGCCUUUCAGUACUCCAUCAACUUGUGGAGUUGACGUACCUUUGAGUACCAAGUAUAAGAGAAUCACUUACGAAAAUAGAUUGGAGUAUGUCAGGCUGGCACUCAAUUUUAGAAUUCACGAAUUUGAUGAACAAAUCAAAGCGGUUCGAGAUGGAAUGUCUAGAGUUAUUCCAGUGCCUCUGCUUAGUCUUUUUAGCGGAUACGAACUGGAAACUAUGGUGUGCGGUUCUCCUGAUAUACCAUUGUCUCUAUUGAAAUCGGUAGCUACUUAUAAAGGAAUUGACAGUACCGCUCCGUUAAUCCAAUGGUUCUGGGAAGUGAUGGAAGAAUUCACCAAUCAAGAACGCUCUCUGUUUCUACGUUUCGUGUGGGGUAGAACGAGACUUCCAAGGACAAUAGCCGAUUUUAGAGGCAGAGAUUUUGUGAUCCAAAUUAUUGACAAAUAUUCACCGCCCGAUCAUUUUUUGCCCGAAAGCUACACUUGCUUCUUUUUAUUGAAAAUGCCGAAAUAUUCCUGCAAGCACGUCCUGCAACAGAAACUGAAGUACGCCAUACAUUUUUGCAAGUCAAUUGACAAAGAUGAAUAUGCCAGAGUAGCCAUGGCUGGUGAUCUUGCAGUUAGUUCUAGUUCGGAUGUUGAAAGUGAUCCAGAAAUGGAUAGCAGUACAUAAUUUUUUUUAAUAUUUUACAACAUUCACGCUAUUGUGCGCCCGUCCAAGUAAUGGUAAUUUUUGAAUUGGAUUAAUCUACAACUAAAGUCAAUGUAGUAAAAUGGUUGUAUAAUUAGGGUGCCUUUUAGUUUUUUUUUUAUAGAUAUUUAACAAAAAUAAAUGAAAUUUGAGCUUUUGCCAAAAAAACAAAAGAAAUUUAAAUCUGUCAAGGUACCUCAUGGAGUUGUAUUGUUAUUUAUAGGAUGUUCACUUAUCAUGUAAAUCCAAACUCCACAAAUAAAUAUUCAAAUGAUAAAGGAAUUUAAUAAACUAUCAAUUAUCGCACCAUUUAAGUCUGCUACACCUAAGUUGCAAAAUGCAAUUGAAAAAGCCUAUGCAAAUGCCAUAUUUUUUAGUUUUAUUUUUAUAACGCAAUCAUUGUCCAUAUAUGUAAUACCUAUUAGAAUAGAUGAAAUCCAUUGAUUUCACAUUUUCCCAUGUUUUUUUUUUGUAUCCUCAAUAUAUGCUAUAAUUUAUUGUGAUAAUUAUUAUAUUUUGAUAUACAGGGUUUGAGAUUAAUGUUGUAUUUAUAUUUUUUCAGCCCUGUAUAUAACAUUAAACAAGCAAAAUAAUUUGCAAUUAUGGAUACAUAUUUUAGGUUGGUGCAUUAUUGAAGUUUGCGUUAGUUGUUCAGUAUUUUUGCAUGUUUGUUUUUGUUGAAUGUAUUGAUGUUUCUAGUCACCCCCAUUUAGGUUAAUAAAAUGUAUCCAA